CGCCAAGGUGGUGGGGCGAUUGCGCGGUCUUUUACCCUGCCCUAGAGCUCAUUCCGAUGGAGCCAAACCUUUCUUGGGCUUUACAGGCACCCCAGUGUGUGUGCCCCAAUCCUCGUUACCCAAGGUACCUUACCGAACCUGAAUGGGGGCUGCGCAGCCCUAUACUAUGUACAGUAAGUAACAGCAUCGUUCAUGGCUGUACGAGGACCUCGCACGCUGGCCGAUGGACAGUCUGCUAUUUCCUUGACUUAUUUGAACUCUCCCCGCAAUUCCCCCCUACGUGCAUUUGGCGAGACGCCUCGAAAAGCGGUGCGCUCCAAAUUCGGUUCUUUUGUGUCGUGCGAGUUUGGAGAGCGCAGCGAAUGAGAAAUUGUCCGAUAUCCAGUUUGAGAAAGCAUCUGCUUUGUGGGGCGUCCCAAAGUGGUGUUGAAUUACCCGUUCGGGACUCUCCGUGUUCUGGGGUGCAAAAGGCUUCCAAUGUCAGAGAGUCGUCUGCGAUGUGGCUUCGGCUGCCUUGCUUGCUUGCUCCGUUCCUGGUGCCGAUUGAUGAUCAAGAAGCGCCGUCUGCAAAAGACUCUGACCAUCCAAGGCCCGGCUGGCACCGGCUUACAAAGGCCGGACCGCGGAGUGCCCUCCGGGCUCCCGGCAUCCGCCGUUGCGUCUUGGGGUUGUCCAUCAAUUGCCAUUCUCGGCCAUUGCAGAUCAGGCUAGGCGCCUCGGCGGUUGAGAAGCGCUCAGGAAUGACCAUCAUGAGCCACCUUAAGACAAUACUUGAUUGCCUUCAAGGGAAUGGCCCGUGCAAAGUGGCAUUUGUGCGGACAGGACUGUGAGCACGGGUUCUCUCGGCAUGUUGGGCAAUGGUUGCUUUUCUUUUCUUUCAUUUGAUGGGAACAACAAGGGAGGAGGUCAUCACAUCAUGGCGUCGAAG